AAUUUAGUGACGGUGUUUAACAUUUCUCCUGAGAAAUUCAUUAAAUAAUUUCAUGGCUGCGUGUGUAUACGUAACAGGACAAAGAAGUGCUGCUGCGUCAUAGCCCGUAUGGUGGGGAUUUUUGUUCCUCGAUCAGAUUUAUCUGGAUUUGAAUUAUCUGUUAUUUAACCUCGAUUUGGAUGAAUAAAAAACCAAAUUAAAUGAUGAUAAAAGUCGAAUAAAACAAUGAAUAAAUUACAUUGAGCAAUUAUCCAAGUUUCUAUCAUGGGAUGAAUAAAUUCUAGACGAUAACAAAUCAAUGAGUGAAUGUAGUUUUGCGACGGACUUGGGUCUCUUUAUUGAGAGUAUCUACACGGAGAAAAGUAAACUGUUCCAGAAAAUCAAAAUAUUUCAAUUCAAAGUAAGACAUUUAUUUGAUAGGGAAAAUGAGGUUAAAUAGCGGUAUUUAUAAUUAAUAAAGUUUUCAUCGGUAUGGGAGACAUUAAUUUCGAAAUAAUCAUCUCGAAAGAUGGACACGUAUCUGAUGCAAGUCUAUGGAUCUGAUCUCGUGAUAAGUGGCGAAGUAAACGCAACCAGUCAGGAGUUGAGUCGGACGAUGGUGGGGCGGGUCGCGAACGCGAUGUCGUCAGCUUCGUGUCGGCUCGCACGGUGGUGGGGGAAAGCGGAAUUACCCGAAGGGGUCCGAACGCGGCCGAAAGUCGAAAAGUUGGGGCCGAUCGGUGCCGAAGGGGUGUCGCAGGGACAGUCGGACGCUCGACCGGUAGAGGAGCUAGUGGGCCGAAGUGCCGGGACGAUGCACGGCGAGGAGGCACUCGGGAGGCAGGGAGGGCAUGCGAGCGGAGCAGUUCAGUCGCCGCCAUUGCUGGCCCCCCGCGCUCGAAUUCGCGACACUCGUGCGUGGAGCCGAUUUUCCGAUAACCUAAGCUCCCUGCGAGGGCCCCGAGCGCGCCCCCCUGAUGCAGAAAUACUGCACCGAACUCACCGAAAGAUUGUUGAAAUCCCUUGACAAGGAAUACAAUGUUGUCGAUAUGGGAGCUGUUGUGGAAGUCAUCACGGCCCUGGAAAAAACGACGAUUACCAAAGAAGUGCUUGAGAUUACAAGGCUUGGAAAAUAUAUCAAUGAGCUCCGUCGUAAGUCGAGCAACGAUGCCUUGGCUAAGAGGGCUAAGGAUCUGGUACGUCGGUGGCGAGAUACGGUUUUGCCCUCAGGCAACACCACACCACACUCCACACCGAUCGAUACCGCACAAAUGGCUAUUAAUGGUGCAAAACCUCAAAGUCCAGGGUUGAGAUCUUUAAAACCUCAAAGCCCUGCCCUCAGAGGCCUGAAACCACAGAGCCCUUUAGUAAAGGAUACAACACCGUUAAGGGUGCUGAGUCCAGUUAUAUCAGUGCAUAGUGACCAUUCACGCUCACCACAUGCAGCUCCAAACAAACCUAUGAUCAACGCGAUGAUCAAUCACAGACCAAACCUAGACGAAUCUCCCAAACUCGGACGGGCCAUACAAAAUCAUGUGACAGAUGCUGUCCCACGCACUCACAGUUCAAACAAACGUCUACGAAAAGAGGAUUCUGAAAAUUCACACACAAGUAGGACUCCAGGUGAACCUUUCAUGAAACGGCAGCGUUUAAAUGGAGACAAUUUCAACAGUAGCUUAAAUUCGCAAGUGCCUAGCCCUCUGUCAAAAGAGCGAAGUCCCGAAAAGUCUGUGGAACUUAUUGUGGAAUCAGACGUUCCUAUAGAACCUAAGAAAAGGGGCCGAAAAAAGGGAAGCAAGUCUGUAAAAAAGCAACAGCUGGUCGAAGAUCAUGUUAAAGAAAAGUUGGCCAGCAUGUCACGAAAUCCAAAAUUAAAAACAACUCAAGAAUUAUUGGCUGACCUCCAAGCAAGAGGAUCUCAUUCAAAUUCGAUCGCGACAUCUAGUCAGAGUAGAAAAGAUCCACCUAGUACAGAAGAUGUGUUGAGGAGUAAUAGUGAACACGUCACAAAAUAUUUACAGUCGCAAAAUGACGUCUUACGUGGGGCGGGUGACGGUGCUUUACAAACACGGUUAAAAUCUGAUGAUAGUGAUCACAAAGUAUCGAGGUAUCGAGAUACAGGUGGCGGUGAUGCUACUCUAAACCUAAAAUCUCGAGAAAGUCCUUCGAGAACACCAAAGCACUUAACGGUGGAAGAGAUUCUAGCAAAACUGCCUCCCCUUGAUAUAAACGCGAUUGUUUGGAGUGAUCCUGAAGAUGAACAAGAUGACAGCGAAAUUAUAGAGUGUCCGAACCGAGAGAUAUCAGCUAAAGACUUGGAUAUCCUUCAUACGCAACAGGUGGAAGGUCUAAACGGUAAUUUUCAGCCUAAGCUAACCUUGAAUGUAGAAAAUGAUAAGAACGAAGUGUCAAAUAUAGACGUAAUGGAAAGAGUCGCGAGUGACUUGUCUACGAAUAAAACGCAAGAUACUCCUAGCGAUGGUACAUAUGGAUCUAUGAACGUGCAGAAUAGUGAUAAUCGUGUCAGUCAAAAGGACAGAGAGUUUCGGGAAUGGCACGAGAUGCUGGCGCGGCCCAGCUACAAUGACCAGAUCCUCCACAUAUUGCCUUACGUUAUAAUUGAUUAGUGAUUUUUAUUGUCUAUUACCUAUUAAUUGAUCAGUCGGUUGAUUGAAACUAUUUCUUUUAAAUUUAUGAUAAUUGAUUAUUAUUAUUAUUAUUAUUAUUAAUUAUUAAUUAUUACUGUAUGUUUUUGGUUUGAGUAACGAGCUAGCCAGUAAUGGUAUGCAACUUCAAUAGACUUCUGAAGCUCAUUCUAAGGAUGGUUAUAUGCAUAUAGUUUAUGUCGUAGCUAAAGUUUAUGUUGUUGAUUAUUUUGGAACUUUAUCAGGCAGACUCUGUUUAUGUGAAUAAAACUAAAAAAUUCUUACCCUCGAUUGAUUUGCGACGUAAUAUAAUUUUGAGUCGUGUAUUGAUUAUUGGGUAACAUUUUAUAACUUAGUAUCUAAAUGGAUGAGCUACAGACAGUGUAUUGUACGUAUGUGCUGGAACCUCUGAUGUGGGAAAGAGACAGAAAGAAAAAAAAGUGAGAGAGAGAGACGGAAACAAACCUACAAAAAACAAUUGUAAAGGAGCAUCAAGACCUCGUUAAAUUUUUUUAAACAUUUAAGUUUUUUUCAUACACCUUGUAUAUAGUAUAUUAUAGUCCUGAAUGAUAAUUUUAGCAGAAAGUAUCCCCUUAUAAAUUAUUAAUUAAAAUAACAGUGGAUUAGUGGUGACUAAACCGCAGCUAUGUGAGUUACUUUGAACAAUACAUGACUCGACUCAGCAACGCUACGUCUAUUUACCGUAGAUUGAUAUUGAACUAAGCUAACCCUUGCUUUGAGUUUACAUACUUACGUUAAAUACUAUAAAAUGAAACUUUUUUUUAUGUCACACAAGUUCCUUUUCAUCAUGAAUUAGCAGUACCAUAUUCUAUAAUUAUAGGUGAUAGUGUCACCUGAAUCCAUGAUUAUACAUUCAUCUUAACCCUUAUUUUCAGUCCACACUGUGCAACAGUUUUGUUUCAUGUAUAUCAGUCAUGUAUUGUUUGAUGUAUAGUUCAUAUCAAGAAUAAUGAUUUGAGAAAACAAAAAACCGAUAAUCCAGGAAGCAAACUAUUUAGCGAAAUAUUGCUAAAUAUUAAAAAAUAUGUGCCGAGAUUUCGAGUGUGAGAAUGUAAAAUGAACGAACUCUGAAAAAAUGCAUGAGUGUUGUAUGUUGGAUAUCAGCAUGUAUCUAUAUCACAGUGAACACUGAAUGAAGAUCCAGAAAUGUAACGGUAUCGAAAGAUGAUGUGUCUUUUCCAAGAAACUGCAUAUUUCGGUGAUAAAACAGCAACAAAGUUAACAAGACAGCCAUUAUACUCGCAAUUUUUUAAUUAGUGAGCUUGUAUCAAGAGGAAAAUCGUAUCUUUUCUUCCACUCGGCUGAUCAGUAAGCCCAGGUAAUGUCUGAUAAAUUUAUGUUUAAAUUCUCUGAGUGUAAAUUUACCAGGUUAGCUUGUCUCCUUUUUUUUUUUUUCAUUUCCAUUAUGCUACCUUAUGGUACUAUCAAUUAUUGAACAUUCUAGAGGGCUAGUAUUAAUAUUUAGAUUUAAAUUCAAAGGUGUAUCAAUUGGCUGGGCCAAUUACUUGCUAUUUGUCAAUGAAUUCCAUUCAAUACUGUGCUCAACGACGUUGUUAUAAAUCAAUUGGCAGUUCGUUUCAACGGUUGAAAAAUAAAUGUUAAUUUUCCUAUAUUCCGCUUUUACUUUUUGGUUUCAUGAGGCACCCUGUCUGACGGUAAAAUUAUUGCCUGACAAAAUUCGAGUUUAUAUUUUGAUUCGAGAAAUACUUAAUACGGGAAGUAGUUUUGAAUAAAUUCAGGCAUCCAACAGGAAUUGUGACAUAUUUCAGCAAAAUCAGUGAACCCGUGGGUAUUUGGUCGUUUUUAUGAGUCGAACCAUCUUUCUUUUUUUGUUAAUUUUUUAUUCAAUAUUUCCUACACGUAAUUCAUCAAUCCAUGUUAACAUUUAUGUUAACAAAUAUCUUGUGCCAAUGUUACCCUAUCGUUUUCACUCAAAGAAUUUUGCGUGUAUGGAUUUAAACAUAAAUACAUAACAAAAUUAUGUAACAUGGCUGACUGACUAAAAUAAUUGGAGUAUUACCGGGUAUGACUUAAGUUGAGCAGAACUCUUUUAGAUUUUCGGUUGGAAAUAUUUCAAUAAUGAUGAAGCGUUGACUUGUGUCGCAUUUUUUAAAGCAGUUUUGAUAAUUUUAUUAAAUUACUUAGAUCAUAUGUGAAUACAUGUAAAUUGAACACCAAUUUUGAGUGUUGCAUUGUGUGUAAAAAACAACAUCUCGACGAAAACGUCGCGUUGUACUUCAAUUCUUGGAGAAAACAGACUGUUGACAUUGUGCAAAAUUUUCCAUUUCACCAUAUUGGUCAGCAGUUCACAAUAUUUGAUAUUUGUAAAUAACUUGUAGAAGAACAUCGUCUUUAGAAGCCUCGUUAACUGUAAAAAAUAUACCUACAGACUACUACCGAGAUAUAUUAAUUAUUGAAUAAAUAUUUUUCAUAUCUGCAAAGUAAACUAUUUGUUCUCUCUGUCAUGAUCAAAGAUGUCGGCUUCUGAAAUGCAAGUUGUUAGUUGAUCAGAUUUGGUAAUGUAACGAACUGAUUGUAAUAAUUUAUGUCUGAUAUCAGUUGAAAUAUGAAAUCCAUGCUUCCUUAUUGAACAGA